GAAGCAGCAGUUUCAGCAGCAGCGGCAGCCUGGGUUGCGGCGGCGGCGGCAGCGGCAGCGGCAGCGCUGACACAUCCCACCAUGGACAGCUUCGACUUAGCCCUGCUUCAGGAAUGGGACUUGGAGUCUCUGUGUGUCUAUGAACCAGACAGAAAUGUAUUACGGAGAAAAGAACGGGAAAGGAGAAAUCAGGAAACUCAGCAAGAUGAUGGAGCAUUUAGUACAAGUUACUCCCUCUUCAGUGAACCUUACAAGCAUGCUUGCUUUCUUUCCCCCCAGACUAACAAGGGGGAUGAGCUCUCAAAUCGGAUCCAGAAUACUUUAGGCAGUUAUGACGAAAUGAAAGACUUCUUGACUGACCGAUCCAAUCAGAGUCACCUUGUUGGGGUUCCCAAACCUGGGGUUCCACAGACCCCUAUGAACAAAAUAGAUGAGCAUUUCAUUGCUGACUCAAGAUCGCAGCCCCAGCCUCCUAUCUGCAGCACAUCAUCUUCCACACCAGCAGCUGUACCUGUGCAGCAGAGCAAGAGGGUCACCAUGGGCUGGCAGAAAGUUGGGCAUCCUACAUCUGAUGGCCAGCAGAGGGCAAGCAAGCAUGGGCAUAGAUUGCUUGAUUCACACAAUAGUGACUUCAAAUCUGCUAACCAAAAAACCAGUAAUGAGAAACCUAAACACUGUGUCUCAAGCCCCACAUCCUCCUCCUCUUCUUCCUCUUCUUCUUCUUCCUCCUCCAACUCAGCACAACCAGGACCUCCAAGGACCAUGCUUGGAGACGCUGUCAGCAGGCAACAGUCAAGGUCCAAGCAGAGCUGCAGUGUGGAAAUGGGUCUUCAACCUCAAGAAAGGAACUCUGCCAUGUCUGCCAAACACAGCGGUGGUGGGCACUGUGUCCAGAACUUCCCUCCUUCUCUUGCUUCCAAACCAAGUCUAAUCCAGCAGAAACCAACUGCUUAUGUUCGGCCGAUGGAUGGCCAAGACCAGGCCCCUGAUGAAUCUCCUAAACUCAAGUCUUCAACAGAAACUAGUGUACAUUGUACCUCCUACAGAGGAGUACCUGUCAAUAAAGCUGAAUCAUCCAGGACCAAGUCCAAGUUAGCAAAAUUUAACAUUCCCAAACAAGGGGAGGACAGUGGAUCAGGCGAUAACAGCUGUGUUGAAGAAAUAUUACGGGAGAUGACCCAUUCCUGGCCUCCACCUCUUUCUGCUAUUCACACCCCUGGUAAAUUAGAACCAAGCAAAUUUUCAUUUCCAAAUAAGGACUCUCAGCAUGUAUCCACUGGACACAACAAUCCAAAGAAAAAUGAUGCUGAGCCAAAGAGUCCGGACAAUGGUACAUCAAAUACUUCAAUGCUAGAAGAUGACCUUAAAUUAAGUAGUGAUGAAGAAGAAAAUGAGCAGCAGGCCGCACAGAGAUCUGCUCUCCGCGUUCUGUCUGACAGCGCGGUGGUUCAGCAGCAGUCCAAUAGCAGACCCUCGGGCCCCUCCAGCAAAGGGUCGAGCAGCGGCAGCUCCAGCAGCAGCAGCAGCAGCUCCAGCGACUCGGAAAGCAGCUCCGGCUCCGACUCGGAGAGCGAAAGCAGCUCCAGUGGAAGUGAAGGCAGCAAGCCUUCUCACUACUCCAGCCCAGAGCCAGAACAAGCUUCUUCCAACAAGUGGCAGCUGGAUAAAUGGCUCAACAAAGUGAAUCCCCAUAAGCCUCCGCUCCUGAAUCAAAAUGAAAACCACGGGUCAGAGAGCAGCCAGUACUACAGCCGGGGAAAGGAGGAGGUGCAAGAGUGCGGGAAAUUAGCCACCCUCUGCCAGCCAGGCGUCCGGGAGAAGGAGAUCAAGAACGCCUGCAAAGAGGAGCAGAGGCCUAGGACUGCUAACAAGGCCCCGGGGACUAAAGGGGUGAAGCAGAAGUCGCCUCCCGCCACUGCGCCUGCGCCUCCCGCAGCCGCUGCCGCCGCCCCCACAGCGCCCCCUGCCGCCCCGGCCUCUGUCUCCGCUGUUCUGAGUGCCGGGCCCACGGGGGUCAUUCCGAUUGCUGCGGAAAGCGCAGGCGCGCCGGCCCCUUCCCGGAGGUCGGCCUGCAAGAAGCCUCCGAGGAGGACCGCGACAGCCACGGAGAGGGCCUCGGCCGUCGACGGCGCUAACUGCCACCGGCCGCCGGCCGAAGAGCUGGCGGCCAGCGAGGUGCUAGUGGAGAGCCCCACCCCCGACCCCCCAAAGCCCAGGCCUUGCGCCGGCGGCGGCGGCGGCGGCGGCGGCGCUAGGACGGGUCACCGAAAAGAGCUGCGCUCGUGCGCGUCCUCGGUAGCGGCGGCCACGGCCUGCGAGAAGCGCCGCACGCGGGGCCUGAGCAAGACGGCCCCCAAGUCCAAGGAAUUCAUCGAGACUGAGUCUUCGUCCUCUUCUUCGUCCUCGUCGUCCUCGUCCGACUCGGAGCCAGAAUCGGAGCCCGAGGACUACUCGGGCCCCAAACCCCCGCCCGUGGGCCCGGGCUCCGCGGCGGCGGCGGCGGCGCCCUCGGCGGGGGGCGACCAGCGGCUCCGGGAGGGCGCGGGCCCCGGCACCGGCGGCAACAGCAACAAGGCCGUGGGCUCCAUCAACGCCAGGACCUCGAGCGACGCCGCCAAGGAGCUAGAAGAGCAGUUCUACACUCUGGUGCCCUUCGGCCGCAACGAGCUGCUCUCCCCGCUCAAGGACAAUGACGAGGUGAAGGCCCUUUGGGUCAAAAUCGAUCUGGCCCUCCUCUCCCGCAUCCCGGAGCCCUCGCCCCCCCUGGACCCUCCCCCUGCUGCCCCAGCCGCCCCCGCGGCCAAAGACUCGGAUCCUGGCCCGCAGAGUCACGCCCCAGACCUGCAGACGGCCGAGAAGGGUUUGCCGAAGUCCAAGCGGAAACGCAAGUGUGAAAAUGAGGAGGAAUUUAGGGAAGUCAAGAAGACUCAGGGAGAGAAAGAGUGUUCCUCACGACUGACUACUUUGGCCAACAGUACUUCUUCGACAAGCCAUUGCCACUUGAACACCAAUAGCUUGGCAAUACCAAUAAAUAAAAAUGAGAAAAUGCUUCGGUCACCCAUUUCACCCCUCUCAGAUGUGUCAAAACACAAAUACUCCAAUGAUGAUUUAACUUCUUCCAGUAGACCUAAUGGCAGCAGUCUGUUCACUUCCAUCUCCUCCAGCAAAAAGCAUAAGACGGAGAAUCAGUUGCAGCCCCAUGCUGGAGACCUUGCUAAAACAGUGCACAACAACUCAGAAAACAGUCUCUUCUAUAAUAAACCACGACCCCAGACGGAACCAUGGUCACCAUUAUCCAAUGGGCACAGAGACUGCAGAAGACAAAAGCUCAUCUUUGAUGAUAUGCCACGCAGUGCAGAUUAUUUUAUGCAAGAAGCAAAACGGAUGAAACAUAAAGCAGAUGCAAUGGUGGAAAAAUUUGGAAAAGCUUUGAAUUAUGCUGAAGCAGCUCUGUCAUUUAUUGAAUGUGGAAAUGCAAUGGAGCAAGGUCCAAUGGAAUCUAAAUCUCCCUAUACAAUGUAUUCAGAAACAGUAGAACUCAUCAGGUACGCUAUGAGACUAAAAACUCACUCAGGCCCAAAUGCCACUCCAGAGGACAAACAAUUAGCUGCAUUAUGUUAUCGCUGUCUGGCUCUCCUGUAUUGGCGAAUGUUUCGACUCAAAAGAGACCAUGCUGUAAAAUAUUCAAAAGCACUUAUUGACUAUUUCAAGAAUUCAUCUAAAGCUGCCCAGGCCCCAUCUCCAUGGAGUGCCAGUGGAAAGAGCACGGGAACUCCAUCCCCCAUGUCUCCCAGCCCUUCUCCAGUCAGCUCAGUGGGAUCUCAGGGGAGUCUUUCCAGCACUAGCACCCCUUCACCAUCAUCCAUAAUUAGCAUUCCACAUCGGAUCCAUCAGAUGGCAGCCAACCACGUCAGCAUCACCAACAGCAUUCUGCACAGCUACGACUACUGGGAGAUGGCUGACAACCUUGCCAAGGAGAACAGAGAGUUCUUUAAUGACCUGGAUUUGCUGAUGGGGCCUGUCACCCUGCAUAGCAGUAUGGAACACCUAGUUCAGUACUCCCAGCAAGGACUACAUUGGCUGCGAAAUAGUGUUCACUCAUCAUAGUGAUUGCGUGCCAUUUAGCCGGACUGUGUAAUAAUCUCCCAUGGACUGUUCGAUUAUUCUGGACACUGUGCUACCGAAAUUCUCAGUCACAGCAUUUAUCCAAAUGAAGGUGAAUAUUUCUUCAGCAUCAAACAACAAUAUUUUUCUAGGGGGUGUGUGUGGGUGUGGGUGUGUAUUUGUAAGUGUGAGUGUGUUUGAGGUUGUCUGUAUAUAUUUGUAAAAUAUAUGCAGCUCUUCAGAAUUCUUCUCCUCCUGUAGUCUCCAUAACCUUAGGAUAGGCAGAAGUGACCAGAGGUGUCUGAUUAGAGAAAAUGCACACAUAAAAACACACACACACAUUUCUUUCUAUUUCAAUAUUAUACCUUGGAUUCUUAAAAAAAUUCAACCAAAAUUUUAUGGGUUAAUCAAGUGCAAUAAAGCACAUUGAAAGCUUGACUGCCAAUUUAGAUGCUCCUAGAACAUACAUUAAUGACCUCUUUUUUCAGUCUUAAUAUACUAUCUUCUCCCUACUUGCAGAUUGGUGUGAACUGAUAAGUAAUUGAAAAAUGGAAUUAAGUAUGUUAUUUUUUGUGCAGUAAGUUUCAGUGGAUUUCAUAUUACCUUAAUUAUUAUUCUUUUCUAUUAUCACUUCACCUAUCACUCAACCUUAUUAUCACCUUAAAAAAAAACAGUUAAGCAAAAGAGAUUUUUUUUCCUAAUUACCUUUCUUUUCCUGCUCCCUUUCCCCCAAUUAGUGAUAGAAGUGGCACUGAAAUGAACAAAAGAAAAAAAUCCAAUGGCUUGGAACUGAAUAGAUAAUUUUAAAAAUGUGGCAAGGCUUUGCAACUGAAAAACAGAAUCCACUUAUACAUGUGGCAUCGAUACACAUGUACAUAUAUUUUCAAUUCUCUGUCUCUUUUAUAAUAUCCAUAUGGAACAGUGUCUUUAUCUAACUACCAGAAAUUUUAAAAGUCUUUCCAUGAUAGCUUUCUUGCAUAUGUAGGCCAAAUCAAGAUAUAACCUAGAUUGUUUCCUUACCAAAAAGUCUGGAUUUGCUGCUUAUCAUGCUAAGAACCACUUACUGUAAUAUUUCCAUAUAAUCCUCUCACUCUUCUUGCAUAAUGUACUAGUGUAAGGCUUUAAUAGUUCUUGAUUUGAUAAACAUUUCCAGUCACUGUUGACAAGGCUGCCUUUUACUGAGGAGAGAGGGCUUGAGGAAUGGUACUAAUCUUGCAACAAAAACUACAAUUUUGUUUGGGUCAACAGAUCAAUACCUAUUUGUAUCCUCUGUAGUAAGUCAUAUGCAUAUUUCCCUUUGCCAUCAGUGCAUUUCUGUUUAUUAUUAACUUUUAUGUUCACUCUUUUGACAUCUUUUGUUUCCAGUUUCAUUGGAAAUAUAGCUUUAAUCAGAUUUUUGUCACUUCUAAAUUGAGUUUUGGAGUUGAGAAAAUAUGUUCCAGGAAAAAACCCUCUGGAUCAUAAAAAAAUAGCCAUAUCUUUCCAAAGCCUAACAUUCCCAAACUCUGUGUGUACACACAUGCACAUACACAUAUGUACAUGCAUAUGUGUGUUUAUACAUGUGUAUGUGUUUUAUAUAGGUAUAAUGCAUCCUUUUUAUAUCAAUGCCACCAUCGCAUGCAUAACAUCAAGCCACUGUAAAGAAGGAAUGUGAUAUAGUUAGGUUGCUUAAACUAUUUAAAGGCAAUAGAGUUAGAAAGAAUUUAGAAAAGAUGCUGACCUCUAAGUCCUGAUGUUCUCAUUCUUUUGGUUGUAGCAUGUUUCUUAUUUUUCAGCCUAAUAUUUAGCUGGAAAAACAAGUCCUCCAAAAUUCCUUUAGUUUCAAGUUCUAUGAAUACUAGAGCUGUCUUGGUGAUAAUUUUGAAGUUAAUUUUAUGCCUCAGUAAGUGAAGACCUUACCAAACUUUUCUUGGGCUUUUGCCCUAAGAUGUUUUGGUUAUGUUAACAGUAUUAUUUUUUCCAAUACUCAUUUCACCUUGUGUGCUGCAUAGAUUUUCCUUAUAGGUACCUCUGAUAAGUAAUUGGCACAUUUUUACAGUUCUAUCCUCUUUUGGAAAUUUUAGGUGCAUAUAUAGAAUUUAAGGUCACAUAUUUUUUUAAAUCCUUAUGAUCUCUGAAGAAAGGUUAGACUUCUCACUUAGAUUGUGUUCCAUAGAGAUGCUUUCCAAUUCAGGAUGCAUGAAUAUUCUCGUAUGAUGCUGUAGCAUAGCUUGCAUUACAAAUAUCUCUGCUAAAUCUUUUUAAGUUAUGUACACUUUAUUUUUGUUUUUUGUUUUGUUUCUGGUAAGCCCUCUGGUUUAAUCAUGACACUGACUUAAAUGAGGGAAUAUAUUUAGACUGAUUAUGUUGACAGCAUUUUGGUUGGUAACUUGGCAGCCAUCAGUAUUUCAAACAAGGUUUUUAGCAGUGGGUCAUUUUGUUGAUGAUUAGAAUAGCUGAUUAUAUCACAGGUGUUUGUUUUCUUCUGCCCCAAAUGGUGAGGCAAUAACAUCUGUUUCAUUUGGAAGCAGAACUGUGACAAAAGACAAUUUUUAGUGACUGGACCUCUCUUGAUUGCUAUUUGUGAAAGUCAUUCCUAUCCUAACCCUUUUCUUUCUUUUAAUUUUCUAUAUAUCUUUGCAUUUGACCUCUUUUUAAUUUUGGAGACAAAUUCUGUUCUCAGGAACCAAAUAUGGGCUUGAUUGAGGUCAAGCCUUCUGUGACUUUAAUAGGAGUUUGUCCUUAAUCACAAUGACAGAAUUAUCUUCAAAUGGAAGUAAUCCAAAUAUAUCCCAAGCCAAAAUCUGGCAUUUGUUAUACAUUCCUUGUGAUAUAUUUUGAUUAGCUAUGACUUCACAAGUCAGACUCAUAUAAAGAAUUAUGCAAAGAGAGAGAGAGAUUUGGAACAUACUUCUUAAUAUUGUAGAUAGGAAUUCAGUCCCACAAAAUAAAAGAGAUGGAGUAGAAAUAAGUUGAAGUGCUUUCAAAUUGUUUACCACAUUUAAGCACAUGAAAUGCAAUACAAGGAAACUUUCUGCACUAAAAAUCAAUUAUCAUAUUUAUAACAACUAUAUAUGCAUUGCAUCAUGAUAUGUACAUUUCUGGCACUCCAUACAUAAUAUAAAGUUUGUAUAAAUGAAUACAUUUAAAUAUAUGUAUACAAUACAGUUAAACCAUAAAAAUGUAGUCACUCUGAAGGAUAUUACUAGUGCCUAAAUAUUGAGUACAUGUCACUGGAUGUUCAUUUCACCUUGGAAGUGCAGUAAUUGUUACAAAACUAAUUAGUGCAGCUAAUCAUUACUUCAAAUCACAUCUUUGAAACUGUGCAGUAGUAUUUAUGUAUAAUAUAUAUGAAGUAUAUAUACACAUGUAUACAUGUAUAUUUUUAAAUAACAUUUUUCCACAGUUUUCACAGUUUUUCCAAGAGCUACUGUUAAAAAAAAAAUCUAUAUUACACAAAAGAAGCAGAAUUUUUUUUUCCUAAGGAAGUAGACACUCUGCACACCCAGUUAACAUUGUGGUUUAUCUGUUUCUAGAGACCCAAGAGACUUUAGCAGUCACCAGCCUUAAUGCAUGUACAGAAUAUUCUUGUGAUUUAUCUGUUUUUUUUAAUUCUCAUGAAAUUGGAAUUUAUAAACAUGUCUACCUUUCUGAGGUUGCAAAUGUUACAUUAAGUGAUUUAUGCUGUAAAAUGGGAGAAGUUGAAUUGUAAGUAAAAAAAUAUCAACUGAAUUCCAUAAAUUUUUUAUAAGAAAAAUUCAGAAUUGAAAUGUUUUUCAAAUUAAUCUUUCAUUCAUGAAACAUCCUUUUUAUGCAUAUUUUUAUUGAAUAUCCACUAGAUAAUUAACAUUGUAAGCCUAAUUCUUGAUGCAAAGAUAUAUAUUCUCUUCAUGAAUUCUACCGUUCCUUCUUUAUGCUGCCCCUCCAAGCCUCUUACAGUCCAUCUAUACAUACGCACAUAUAUAUAUAUAUAUAUAUAUAUAUAUAUAUAUAUAUAUAUAUACACACACACAUACAUGCCUAAUUCACCAGGGAACUGUCCAAAAGAAACAAAAUGCCUCAAAAACACACGUAUUUUUGAGUCUUUACAUAGAUUUAUCCCCGAAGUACUUUUUAGCUAAUUAUCUUGUGUUAGUGCCGAAAUGAGGUGUCUGGGCUCAUCUCUAGCCGAAGGAGCAAAUGACUUGACUUAAUAGUGUGCUAUUUUUCAAUUCCUGGCACCAUUAUAUAAUAUUUACUAGCCUUUAAAAAAAAACCUCAAUAUGAAUUUUAAUUCAAGAACUGUA